UCUUUCCAAAUGAAUUAAUCAAUUUAUAAGAAAUUUUUCGAAAUGUGUAAUUUAUUAUAAUCCAGUUCUGUAACAGUGAGGGAGUGGGAGUAGAUAGCAGCUUUUAGGGGAUUUAAUCCAUCAGUAGGAAAAGAUCAUUUUGUGCAGCUUUCACUGUGUUCACCAUCUGUUGGAAUGAACUGUGGAGAAAUUAAAACUAGCAGCAGAGAGGAAGCUGCAUUACCAUUCAAAAGCACAUGCAGGUGCUGUUUGACUGCAGGCAGGCAUAUCAGAAGAGGCCUGUCAUUGAAGCAUCCUUGUUAAACAGCAAUAUUUUACUGUGUUAUCCACUCAAAACCUUUUUCACGGCAGACCAGUGGCAGAGUAUAACACAGCAUAUUUACUCAACUACUGUGCUUGUGUGUAAUUUUGAGGCAUUGUCUUCUAAAUAAUAAUAGCUUCCCGUGCCGUGUCUUGCUCCUCUACCAGAGACACCUGCUCAAAGAUGAGCCACUAGAAGACUGAUGAACACCAACUAUGACGGUAACAGCGAUAUAAAUUGCUGCCAAAUCUCACAAAACACACAGAAAGGAAGUAUCAGGUGACUUGUUUACACCCCUCUGUAUUAUGCCACAGCAUCAUUUACAUAAAGAGGAAGCCACAAACGAGGGAUGGAGGUGGGAUGGUGUAAACAUGAUGUCACAGACUUACGGAUCAGGUUUAUGUUCUGCAACUAACUGGAUGAACACUCAGUUCUUUAUGUGAAAGAGAACAACCUCAGACCCUCCAUCCACCUGCUCCUAUACCGCUCGCACAGUAAUCAUGGACAUAGUGGUGGAAAACAUUUACCUGCUGGUCAUCGUCACGCUCAUCAGUGUGCUUCAGAAUGCAUUCUUUGCCAACAAGGUCGAGCAGGAAUGCAAGGCUCCUAAUGCCCACAACACAUCCGCUUUUGAGCGAGUGUCUUGUGCCAAUCGUAACUGCAUGGAUGUGUAUCCCACUUUCCUGGCAGUGAUGUGGUGUGCUGGUCUGUGUCUCAAUCAAGCUCCUGCCGCCUUUGCUGGGAUCAUCUACAUUGUAGUCAGACACAAAUACUUUGUUGGAUACAUGGGACAAACCUCUCAAAGCACUCCAGGCUUCCUGUUUGGAAAACGCAUCCUCAGCUUCCUGUUCCUGAUGUGCGUCGUGGGUAUCUUCAACUACCUGCUGGUGCGUUACUAUGGCAGCAACUAUAGAGAAUAUGUAGAUAUCAUCACCAAAGCUUCAUCUGCUCUCCUCCUCCUCCCUUAAGUCCAGUGUGUGACACAUAGCAGCAACGACACUUCCUGUUUUGUUUUGUUUUUUGUCUUUUAACUGAUGAGAAUUGUUGAAUUAAA